AUGUUUCAAGAACUAAAUCAUAGGAAAGAUAUGGAAACCCACGAGGAAUCACAGCCGAAAUAUGCUUUUUUUUCGGCUGAAGAGAAACUACAGUUGUUGAAUGGUAAUUGUCCCCGAAACAUUACUAAACAGGUCUUAAGAUCAUGGUUGUCCUAUCGAGUAGGAACCUCAAAAAACGGGAGUGCUUCUGCGGAUGGAAACAAACGAGAACUGGUUCAAAGGGUCGUAAGCUAUAUUAAGAAUGGCUGGGACGCGAAUUUUACUGAAAAAUGGAUGCAUCUGUCAGGAGAAUCGAACGAGAACUUAAAGGAAAAUUCGGCAAAUGCUAACGAGGAGCCAACAGGGAAAGAUAUACAAAAUUUCCUGCCUUCAACAACGUGGACCGAAUUGAAAAAAUGCAACAAACUGCCAGAGUUUUCUAUUGCAAAUAUGAUGAGCUACUUUAUUACUAGGCGUGCAAGAGACGAUGAAAGUAAUAAAGACUAUAAAAGCUUAAACUGCAAAGCUUUUGGUCUUUUCAGACAUGGUCACGUCCAGAAUAUUAAGGUUGCGAAUGAGGAUGGCAAGUAUUUUAUCCAAUGCGAAUGCUUACCUGAGAUGAAAAAAACUCUAAAAUAUAAGAUCCAAAUGACAGUAGACAGUUCUGGUGAUAUAAUAUAUGGAAACUGUAAUCCUUGUCCAGCUGGUAAGCCACCACUUGCAUCAUUGGAAUCACUAUCUAUAAAUUAUUUAACUUUUGCAUGA